AUGCGUUCUGACGACAUAUUUCAUGAAACUUAUAUUCGUCCGUGUAUUAUUGAGCUGGUUUCGUGUUGCUCUUUAAGCUUUCUUGGUGAGAAAAUUUCAACAUUUUUCAAAAAAUGUGAAAGGUUUCCCAGGAAAUUUUGCCGGUCAACCCAACAGUUUGAGAACGAUAACAUAUCCGCUUUUAUCGGGACUGGCCUUUUACCUUUCAAGAAGUAUAUUUUCAAGCUCAUCGGCUGCAAUUUUCAACCCCGGUUCUUUGCUACGGAUUGAAUCAUAAUGAAAAAUUUUACAGCGGUUUUAAUUUACCUAGCAGUCAACAAAAGAAUUGAUAGAAUUAGAGCCGUUUCUUUACUUGUCGUACAACCAUUCGGAUUUUGUUUGGGCGAAAUAAUAUUCAGGCUAUUGGUAUGUUGAGUUGAGAGAAAUAUCUGAAUUGAAGUUUUAGGUUUCCAGCACACUUUACGAGGACUACAUAAUCACGUACGAGUUGGUGGUGAGCUCGGGAAACUAUCGAAUUACGAGGCUACAGGUUCGCAAUAAUUAUAUGCUGUUUUCUUACACAGAAUUGACAGGCUUUUGUUCUUGAAGCCGCCCUGACCGGAAUUUUGUGCCUUGCUCAAGCCAAAAAAGAUGGAACAAGCGAAUCGAUUUCGUCAUGUUGGGUAUGGAAUGCUUGCAUAAAAAGAUGGAACAAAAACAAUUUUCAGGCUUUUUUGCAGUUCGUAAGCUACCCAUUGAUGGGUCAGUCUUGCAAUGUCUCUCUCAUAAUCACCAAAUCUCUCAUUUACCAAAUACUUUCUCCACUGAGAGCUUCUUCCAUGGGUUUACUAUAUCUUAAUGUUCUCAAUGCCUUAAUGGGCGUUUUGAUUGCGUUAAUCGUCAAAAUGUGAGUUACCUUCGAAACUUUUCAAUCAUCUUAAUAUUCUUCAGUGGUGUACAAUGUAACGAAAAGAAGCUGGUGAACCUAUACGCAAACGAAGAAGAAGCGCCUAAUCGUUUUGGAAACAAAUCAUAA